GAGAAUGGAGUCCACGAAGUUGGGCGGCACCGCGCCGACCAGCCCGAGAGCGCACUCGCCCGCUUUGCCGAGCUACUGCACCAGCUCGGACGGUAACAUCGAUUACAUCAUCGGCGACUAUAUGGAGAGAUUGGGCACGAGGCUCAAUAUCCUCGAGACCGAACUAAAGUACGCGUGGAGGGCCCUGGAUUUGCUCAGUCAGGAGUACAUAAAAAUGUGGGAGAGAUUGGAGAAAUUGGAGGGUCUCUUGUACGAGCAACAGACGGUGAUAAGUCAGCUGAUCGAGUUUUACGCGAGCGGCGGCGGACACGAGAACGGCGCCGAGGUCGUCGAGGAUACGUUGGCCGAGCAGCAGGAUUCCGUCGGCGAGUUGGACGCGAUCGCCAAGAGCUUGAACGCGACGAUAGGCAUGGAAGAGACGAGCGCGCUGAGAGAGAAGCUAACUCAGCAGGAAUUGGCGAGAAUGCACGGUCUGGCGCAGGACAGCGCGACCGCGAACGCCGUGGUAACGGACAUGCACAGGAACGUAAGAAAUUUGGAGACUCUGGAGACGCUCGAGGAGGAGGGCAACAUACCGGACGAAGCCUUCUAUCGCAGCCUGAACAACGCCUAUAGGGAGGACUUGAUAUGCGGCGACACGUCGAGGCCUACCUCGCAGCUCGGUAUGAUAUGGGAGGAGGCCGAGGACGAGGACGUCAACGGUAAAAAGGAGAGCGAGAUCGAUAUCUUCGAGAAGGGUUCGCCGAAGGAAAAGGAGGCAGAGGAAACCUCGGUGCAGCAAACCAAAGAGGAGAUUCAAGCGUCGGUCACGAAGAAGGAGGACGAAGCGGACGAGGACGAGGGCGAGGUAUUUAGCGCGGCCGAUUACAAAAGCUAUCGAGGCAAUACUCCUUGCGUGAGCGAACAAGACCUCGCUCAACUCUCGAGGCUGAGCUCGAUCGACCAGGUCGCUUUGGAGAAGCUCCACGAGCUCGACCGAUUGACCAGCAAAUUGCAAAAGGAUUCGCAAAAUCUGAUCGAACUGCAGUCGCGAUUGAUAGAGUCGCCGAAGCGCCGAUACUCUUCCGAGGCCGAGGCUAAGCUGGCCGAGGAAGCGAGCAGCAUAGACGAGCAAUUGCGAAAGAUCUACGCGGAAACGGACGUGGACAGUUGGACGUUUUCGAAGAGUCCCGGAUCGACGGGCAGAUCUUUGUCGAGGGUAAGCACCGAUAGCGGCCUAGCGACCGACGGUGACUUCACCGCGAGAUCCAUCUCGCCGAGAUUGAGUUCCGCUUCUAGGAGCAAUUUGGACUCGAUUUCGAGCACUUACACGCCACCUAGAUUAGGAUACGCCUCGGCGGUCCUAGAGAAGAGUCCCGAGCCGGUGAUACAGUUGCCCAUCGACGUGGGUAACUUUGCCAAAGGCUACGCGGAGAACAAGGAGCUGACCGAUCUGAUGGCCGAAAGUUUCGCGGCGGUCACUUGCGCGUCGCCGACCAUUUACAGCACCACUACCGACAAGGUACCGUCGCCGACGCUCUCGGUCGGGAGCGUCCACAGCGUCCACAGCGUCCACAGCGUUCACAGCGUCCAAAGCAUUCGAACGAGACAAGACGGCUACUUCGGCAGCUCCGCCCGAUUGAACUUGGACUUUCAAGAGAGUAGAACCCCGCCGAGCCCCUCGCCGAGUUCGCCACCGCCCCCGGCGCCGCGAGAUUCGACCGAGUCCUUCCUGAUGCCUACCGCGACGGAGGAUAGAGAAACCGAAACGAAGAGACCUCAGAGUCCUGGCAGUUACUUGAGGAACGCCGAGAAACUGGUGUCCCUGGAUCAAGGACGGUUAAGCCCGCGUACGCCUCAUUCGCCUAAAUCCCCGAGAGUAUCGCCCAAGCAUCUGACGAAGCCGGUCAACGCGGCCAACAUAGUCGCGACUAAAUCCGACUCCGGUCUGUCCUCGAUGAGCGGAUGGAGCAGCUUGGACAAGUCGCCGAGUUCGCCGAAGAAUUCGAUCGGCAAGCCGUUGACUUCCUAUUCGCUCGAUCACACGAGGACGACCCUGGCUGCGUCCUCGGCGCAGCCACCGGCGAGGACCUCCAGUCCGAUACCACCUCUUCCGGAAAGCACGAGCGCCGCCGUCAUCACGCAGGAGCCUCUUUACGACACUCCCGAAGGUAGAGACGCGUUCGCUACCGCCACGGCCACCACCAGCGCUCAUACCUAUUCGACGUCGACGAUGAACCACUUGUCCUCGUCUUACGCGUCGUCCAUGAAAUCACCGGCGGCGAGCAAGGACGAUUACAAUCUCGUACCACCGCCGGCGCCAGGCGCGAGCACCUGUCAAAGUCCAAAGAAACGAACGCGCCAGCAAACGGCCCUUCAGCACAGCCUUCAGCAUAAUCUUCAGCACGGCAUUCAGCAUACCUACGAUUCCGUACCGUCGGCAACCGUGAUGGAUUACGUCUACAGAUCGGAACAGCCCGCUAUUUAUUCCGUAGCCGGUAGUAAUCGUCAACAGGUCAUUACGACCGUCUAUACCAGCGGUUCCGGUAGCUACGGCUUCAAAAUAACGGGCUAUUAUCCGGAUUCGGUCGGUCAGUACGGCAACUAUCAAGAGAGUUACAACGCUCUGCAGUACCCCGAGGCGGCCGGCAUGACGACCCAUAUGAAGAAACCAUUAAGAGGGUCCUCCUACGCGGAGCCUACGAGCAACCAGGACGGAUACAAGGCCGCGAUGUACCGUACCAUGUUUCCCACGGGAAACAUCACGGACGCUCUGUCCUACUAUCCGACGAGCGCGAGUUUACCGCGAACGGAGAACAACGAGAGUUCCUGGAUAAACUCGAUGGACGAACAAAUUCCCCACGACUCUACCUCGUCCAGUAUCAGAUCCCUUACCUCGGACGGUAGUUACGCUCAGAGCCCUUACACGGACCGAAGGUAUCCUCAACCGCCGGCCUAUCAAGCGCACCAACAAUAUCAUCACACUUACGCCAAUCAAAGUUAUCCGCAAACCGUCGGCUAUCAGCUACAGCAUCCACCUUGCGGGCAAAGGCUGAUGAGCAGCACCGAAAGCGCGCAAUUAACGGACGGCUAUCAGAGACAGUGGCAACGGGAGCAUCAAUAUAUCCAGGAACACGAAAACGCGAGAAUAUCGAUGGAGCAACAGCAGCACCAGCAGCAGCAACAGCAGCAGCAACAGCAGCAACAGCAGCAGCAGCAGCAGCAACAGCAACAGCAGCAAAGCGAGUACUACGACGCCUCGAACGUGAUAGUGUCUCAGUCCGGUUACAUCAGCAUUGCUUCGAAUAUAAAGGAUCACGAGGUGGAGAGCACGAAGUUAACCAAGAAGAUUCGACGCGGCGCUUCCUUGAAAAACGCAAUGAGCUCCAUGAGCAACUGGCUGCCCGAUCUUCAUCUGAGCAAAAGACACCGAAGUCAGUCUUUGCCCGGCGGAGUCCGAAGGGAGGAUCUGGACGUGUCUCAGGACAAUCAACAGAAACAUUUGUCCGAGACGAGCGCCGGCAGAGGACGAGGCAGAACUCAAGCACCUAGAAAAAAGAAAAAGCAUACUUUGGUAUCGACCGUUUCCGGCAUUCUUCAAAAGGCCAAACGUCGAACUCAUCAUUCGCAAUCGCUGUCGGAUCCCGAACAAUCGGAGACCGAGUGGAGCAGCGGCAGACAGAGCGGACUUUCGGAGGACGAGGACAGCGUGAUGUCCGACGUUAAUCAAGAGCAGCCGUUCUUCGCGAAAGUAAAAACGGCGAGCACGAAACGGAAACCGGCGCAGCAACCGAUCACGACGCAGCAACAACAAUCGUCUCAGCUGACGCAACAACAACAGCAGCAACAGCAACAGCAGCAGCUGCAGCUACAGCAGCAACAGCAACAGCAGCAGCAACAGCAACAACAGUUGCUGCUGCAGCAACAGCAGCAGCAACAACAACAGCAGCAACAAGCUCUGCAACAGCAGAACCUUCAACAGCAACAGGUUCUGCAGCAACAAAUUCAGCAGCACCAAGAACAGUUACAGCAGCAAGCCGCGCAGGAGGGCUGGGCGAAGGAGAAGGAACAGAGGAGGAUCGACUCGAGCGAACACGAAUCGAGCGAGCAAACGUUAGCCAUGGAGGAGGAGGGAAAGAGCACUGGCUCGGGAUCGGGUGGAUCGUCGAUCUUUCAAACGGUCGGCGACAUAAAACGAUCGACGGGUAGCUCGGACGAGGCACCGAACGAGAAAGCGCCGAAACUUCCGCCGGUAACCAUAAUGGGCGGUGCCAGCAUGGAAUUCGCCGUGUCGAGAGCCCUCGGUAAAUAUCGCCAGCGACAAUCGUCGACGGUGUCGGACGAGCAACCGCCGAUGGAGGAAGGCGCGACCGAGAAGAAGUCCGACGAGGGUAACGGUCAAUCGUUAGAGCCGAGUUUCGAGUAUCCCGAGGAUCUCUCGGAGAAGAGCGAGAAGAGCGAAAAGUCGAGCAGCGCGCGAUUACCCGAGUUGGUAACCAGUUUGUCGGAGGAAGCUCCACCGUCCGAGGGCAGUCCGUCGGCGUCGAGCGCGAGAGGAUUCGUUCAGAGCGCCGUUACGCGAUUUCUCCCUCGACAUCAGCAAUCCCUCGAGAUACCUUGGGGAGGCGGCCGUUCCGGCGAGGACGAGGACAACAGAAGUACGCACUCUUACAGAAGCACCUCGAGGGUCUCCUCGAGACGGCAGAGCACCGAGGACUCGAUCGAUUCCGAGGACGAGUGGUACUGUUACGAGUUGCGUAAACUCGAGGAGCUAGAAAGGCAAUCGCAAAUGGAUAUGGAAAUGAGCGAGGUCUUGGUGGAGGAACCCGAGGAGCACGAGCCCUAUCAACCGGACGACGCCGUAAAGGAAAGGAUGUCCUGCGUGCUCAAGGAGCUCAAAAUGAAAGCCGGCGCGAGGCCUAAGAUCGAGUCGAAGGAGGAUAAGGAGAUUUUACGAGCCGCUAAAACGAACGGUCCGAUCAUCAAGGAACGUCGAAUCGAGGAAGUCGCCGAAAGAUAUCCGAGGGACGAGAAGCCGAUUCCUAAGAGAAAAUCGGCCGAGAGUAUAGAGGCCGUGUUCGCUCGGGUUACGGACUACCAUACGUGGGCGCACGAGGAGGAAGCGAGAAAGGAGAGAGCCGCUACGUCUCCGAGGACCGAGGACGGUUCCUCCUCGGGCGAGACGUCCGGUCCGGAUAGUCCUGGACGAUCUAUGGACGACGACGAGAUCGAGGAGGAGGAGGAGGAGGAGGAGGAGGAAGAGGAGGAGGAGGAAGAGGAUCGCGACGAGGAACGAUCCAGACGAAGUUCCAGCGGUGGAUCUAUACUGCGACAGGAGGAGAAAAUUCUUCGGGCCGCGGAAUCUCUCUCUCGCGAAGGUAGCCUGAUCGUGGGACUCGGAGGCGGCGAGACCUUGGAAGAGGUCGACGUCGCCGAGACGGAUGCGAGCCCGGGCCUACCCAAGAUCAAGAUCGACUCCUCCUCUUGCGCCGGGGCCGUCGACGGCACGAUCUUGAAGGAGGGCCAGAUUAGUCCCGGUCCACCUGGCUCCAAGUGGAAGCUCUUAAAAACGUUGAAGGAACGGAAGGAAGAGAAACUCAAGGAGAUCGAGGAAGCAUCGAAAGAAGCUGCGACCAUUUCUCAGGGACCCACGGCGAACGGAAGCGGACCAGGCGGCGAAUCCGGUGGACGAGCUAACGGGCAUCCAGGCGAUAAUCCUUUCUACAGCAACAUCGACAGUAUGCCGGAUAUUCGACCGCGUCGGAAGUCGAUACCAUUGGUCUCCGAGCUGGUCUUGAAGACAAUGGCGGCGACGAAGAGGAACGCCGCAGGGCUCACAUCCGCGGUGCCCAGGGCUACGCUGAACGACGAGGAACUGAAGAUGCACGUCUACAAGAAAACGCUGCAGGCAAUGAUCUACCCUAUCUCGUCGACGACGCCUCAUAAUUUCGUCACCUGGACGGCCACCUCGCCGACCUACUGCUACGAAUGCGAGGGUCUCCUCUGGGGUAUCGCGCGUCAGGGCGUUCGAUGCAUGGAAUGCGGCGUCAAGUGUCACGAGAAGUGCAAGGACUUGCUCAACGCUGACUGCUUGCAGAGGGCCGCGGAGAAGAGCUCGAAGCACGGCGCCGAGGAUAAAGCGAAUAGCAUAAUCACAGCGAUGAAGGAAAGGAUGAAGCAGAGGGAGAUGGAAAAGCCAGAGAUCUUCGAGCUCAUUCGCACGACGUUUUCAGUCGACCCGGAUACCCACAUAGACAGCCUCGAACAGGCCGAACAGAUCGUCCUUGAGGGUACCAGCAAGUGGUCCUGCAAGAUCGCCAUCACAGUGAUCUGCGCUCAAGGAUUGAUCGCCAAGGACAAGAGCGGUACGUCCGACCCGUACGUCACGGUUCAGGUCGGUAAGGUGAAGAAACGCACGAGAACGAUGCCGCGCGAGCUCAAUCCCGUCUGGCACGAAAAGUUUUACUUCGAGUGUCACAAUUCGUCCGAUCGGAUAAAGGUUCGCGUCUGGGACGAGGACAACGACUUGAAGUCGAAGCUACGACAGAAACUUACGCGCGAGAGCGACGAUUUUCUUGGACAAACCAUCAUCGAGGUGAGAACGCUCAGCGGCGAGAUGGACGUCUGGUACAAUCUGGAAAAGAGAACGGACAAGAGCGCGGUAUCCGGUGCCAUCAGGUUGCACAUAAGCGUGGAGAUCAAGGGCGAGGAAAAGGUCGCCCCGUAUCACGUGCAAUACACCUGCCUUCACGAGAACCUCUUCCAUAGUCUCUGCGAGGAGAACUCUGGGAUGGUUAGCCUACCGCAGGCGAAAGGCGAGGAUGCCUGGAAGGUGUACUUCGAUCCGCCCGGCGAAGAACUCGUCGACGAAUUUGCCAUGCGAUACGGCAUCGAGAGCAUCUAUCAGGCUAUGACACACUUCCACUGCCUCUCGACAAAGUACCUGUGCCCAGGGGUCCCCGCGGUAAUGUCGACCCUGUUGGCCAACAUAAACGCCUACUACGCCCACACGACCGCCAGUUCGGCCGUUUCCGCCAGUGAUAGAUUCGCCGCGAGUAAUUUUGGGAAAGAAAAGUUCGUGAAAUUGCUGGACCAGCUGCACAAUUCCUUGAGGAUCGAUCUCUCGUCGUACAGAAACAACUUCCCAGCUUCGAGUCAGGAGAAACUGAUGGAUCUGAAGAGCACCGUCGACCUUCUUACGAGCAUCACGUUCUUCCGUAUGAAGGUGCAGGAACUGUCGAGCCCGCCCCGAGCCAGCACCGUCGUCAAGGAUUGCGUGAAGGCUUGCUUGCGUUCGACCUAUCAGUUCCUCUUCGAGCAUUGCUACGAACUCUACAGCAGAGAAUUCCAGGCUGAUCCGAACGAACCGAAAAAGGAUCCGGAGGAUCACGGACCCCGACGGGACUCUCUCGAUUUUUGGCACAAGCUCAUCGCUUUGAUCGUUUCGGUUAUCGAGGAGGACAAGAACAGCUAUGCGCCCGUGUUGAACCAAUUCCCCCAGGAGUUGAACAUCGGUCAACUAUCGGCGGCCACGAUGUGGUCUUUGUUCGCGGUCGACAUGAAGUACGCCCUGGAGGAUCACGAGCAGCAUAGACUGUGCAAGUCCUCGGCCUAUAUGAACCUGCACUUCACGGUGAAGUGGUUGUACACGAAUUACGUGAAAGACGUACCACCUUACAAGGGUGCCGUACCGGAAUAUCCCGCCUGGUUCGAGCCGUUCGUCAUGCAAUGGCUCAACGAGAACGACGACGUUUCCUUGGAAUACUUACACGGUGCCUUCAGCAGAGACAAGAAAGAUGGGUUCCAAAAGAGCAGCGAGCACGCUCUCUUCAGCGUAUCGGUCGUCGACGUGUUUACGCAACUGACCCAGUGCUUCGACGUCGUCUCGAAGCUCGAGUGUCCCGAUCCGGAGAUUUGGAAGAGGUACAUGAAGAGAUUCGCUAAGACCAUAGUCAAGGUUCUGGUCGCUUACGCCGACAUCGUCAAAAUGGAGUUUCCCAGCCACUUGAAAGAGGAACGAAUCGCUUGCAUCCUCAUGAACAAUAUCCAACAGCUGCGAGUGCAGCUCGAAAAGAUGUUCGAGUCGAUGGGCGGCGAAAAACUGGAGGAGGACGCGGCGAACAUCUUGAAGGAGCUUCAGCAACAGCUUAACAGCGCUCUGGACGAUCUGGCGAUGCUCUUCGCCAAGAGUCUCGAGCCGCGCAUAACGGCGUCGGUCCGAGAACUGGGAGAUCUCCUUUUGGCUAUCAAAGGUGGCGGUCAGGUUACCUUGUCUCAAGCGCAACAAAGAAACAACGUGGCCGUCGAAGCCGACGAGGUGUUGAGGCCUCUCAUGGUACUUCUCGACGGAAGUCUGUCUCUCUAUGCCGAAUCCUGCGAGAAGACGGUACUCAAGAGAUUGCUCAAAGAACUUUGGAAGAUCGUCAUGAGAAUCCUCGAAAAGACGGUCGUCUUACCACCCAUGACGGACAAGAGCAUGAUGUUCAAGAAUCUAACGGACAACGCGAAGAAUCUCGCGGCGAACGCGAAGAUAGAGGACAUGUCCAAGUUGUUUAAGAAUCACAUGACCGGAAAGCCGGACGUCAAGAACGCUCUCAGCGGUGUCAUGGAUAUCUCGAAAGAGGUGGAGAAGAAUCUGUCGCCGAAGCAGUGCGCGGUACUCGACGUCGCCCUCGACACCAUCAAGCAAUACUUCCAUGCGGGUGGGAACGGCUUGAAAAAGGCCUUCCUCGAAAAGUCUCCGGAACUGCAGAGCCUUCGGUACGCUCUCAGCCUUUACACGCAGACGACGGACACUCUCAUCAAGACCUUCGUUACCUCUCAAAUCAACCAAGUGCCGCUGAACGAUGCGUCAACGCUACGUCAGCGUCAGCGUUCGAUGAGCAGCGAGAGAGGCGACGAAGGCGAAGGAGCCGAGGGUAUGGAAAGCCUCGAGGAACCCCUUCGCCAGAGCAAGCCCUCUCUUCGUCGAGAGAGUCGUCAAGUUCCAGAUACAGCCGGUACGGACGAAGGUUCCGUCGGAGAAGUUAGCAUCCAAGUGGACCUCUUCACGCAUCCUGGAACCGGCGAACAAAAGGUCACGGUGAAAGUCGUCGCUGCGAACGAUCUAAAGUGGCAAUUGGCUACGGGAAUGUUUAGGCCGUACGUUGAAGUCAAUCUGAUCGGUCCCCAUCUGACCGGCAAAAAGAGGAAACAAUCGACGAAAUCGAAGAGCAACAAUUGGUCGCCCCAAUUCAACGAAAGUUUCGACUUCAUGAUCGGUAACGAGCAGCAACAGCUGGACUUUUACGAGCUUCACAUUUGCGUGAAGGAUUAUUGCUUCGCGAGGGAGGACAGAUUGGUCGGCGUGGCGGUGAUGCAGCUCAAGGAUAUCGUCGAAGAGGGUUCCUGCGCGUGCUGGCUGUCGCUCGGCAAACGAAUUCAAAUGGACGAGACCGGUUGGACCAUUUUGCGAAUUCUCUCGCAGAGAAACAACGACGAGAUCGCGAAGGAAUUUGUGAAGUUGAAGAGCGAUAUCAGACAGGAAACACCACUACCAAAUCCCACUUGAAACGACGAACCAUCGGCGCACUAAAAUCGACAGCGAUGCGAUACGUCCUUUGAGCUUGGAAAGAGCUCCAAGGUCUGCCGAUGGCGGACAAGAUUUUGUCUGGCGAUGAAGAAGCAAGAGGACGAGGAAAGAAAGAGAGAAAGACGGAAAGAAAGAAAGAAAGAAAGAAAGA